CCUUCAGAUCCAGAGCUGUUUACAAUGGAGAUAAACAGGGGGUCAGUGCAGUGAGCUGGAAGUAUAAGAAUACUUACUUUACAGUUGGCCUAGGACUAAAUGCAUGUCUACUCAGAAAUAAUAGUAGAGUAAAGUCAUAAUAGUACUUCACAGUUCACAACCUUAUAGUUGUAAAACUUUUCUUUUUUUUUUACUUUAAUAGAGAACCAUGUAUGGCUCUUAAUUGUUUAUGUCUUUAUUUUAAUUAUUGAAGACAAAACGUCAUAAUUACACCCCCUUCAAUAAUACUAUUAGUAUUAUUAUAAACAAAGCAUCACAGGUAGGUUUGCCUACAGCAGCUGCUCCACUUAGGAACAGUGAUGCUGUAUUCUUCCGCCUGCCUCUCUUAACGAUCUAUAUUUCUUUAGCGGAAGGAUCUAUUAAUUUUCCUCACAGUAAAACAGCGGAAAAACACUCCAUCUGCUCCGCGAUGUUGGCCCCAAAAAGAUCACAACUUUGGCACAGGUUUUGACAAAUGUAAUGGAAAGCGAAAUACAGAUUUCUGAAAAGGAAUCAUCGCCUCAGCCCUGGAGAAGUUGCAAGUUGGUAAUUGACCCGGCACUGACAAUAGGAUUAUACAAAGUGUACCGAUUUGACGGAGAGCGAUUUAGCAUACCCGUUGAUGACUUGGGUCUGUUCCCUGUAGAAGAUGUUAGAGAUCCUCGCAUAUGUCGCCUAUGGAGCCGAAGUCAUAAGAUCAAACUUUUGCGUCCCAAAUUUAAAGUUGAUGAAUACUAUGUGGGUCCAAUUCCUCCCAAAGAAGUAACUUUUGCCAGGCUGAAUGACAAUGUGAAGGAGGCAUUGCUUUCAAACAUGUGUGAAAAAUAUGGACAAGUGGAGGAAGUGGAAGUCUUCUAUAACCCCAAGAAUAAAAAGCACUUAGGAGUUGCUAAAGUUGUGUUUGAGACUGUGAAGGCUGCAAAAGAUGCUGUUGAACACCUGAAUGAGACGUCAGUGAUGGGAAACAUUAUACAUGUGGAAAUUGACCCUAAAGGUGAGCAGCGGGCACGUUACAUUCAACUCCUUAUCCAUGGCCUCUAUACACCUUGGACACUACCAGUGGGAAGCAGUGAACAAGGUCUUCAGAGUCUCAUUGACAACUUGUUGCACAGUGGCAGUGGGGCACGCAGGGGGAGCGUGUCCAGUCCCUCCAGUGUUAGCUCUCCACUCUCUCAGGAUACAGGGUACUCCAGUGUGUGGCUGGACACGCCCUGCAGCUUUGGGGUCACACCUCGAUCUUUUGGAACUCCCCGAACUCCAUGUUUACCUUUAACCCCACUUUCACAGGAUUCAUGUUACUCUAGUCUGCAGGCAACUCCAGUUCUUCAGGGGGAUUCUACUUCUAACAUUCAUAAAAACAUGAGACAUGAACUACAUGGAAAGCUCACACAUUUUCACAGAGGCCUCAGAGAAACUGCACAUUUUAGACGUUGGCCAUCACUGGUUCAACUUAAACUACUUGCUCAAAGAGAAAAACGGUCUGACCACAAUAGUGGUGUGUCUAUGAGUAAAACUUUGAGCUGCGACUCUCUAAACAUCCUUAACCUCAAUAUUACAGACAACAGAGCAACAUCAGUGCCCUCUGUGGAAGAUAAUGCCGGCAUAAUAAAUUCACCUUCUACGGCAGUAUAUUCCCCCCGCCCCCAACAGUGGAGUUUGGAUUCCCGCAUUGAAAGUUUGUUGACAAGCAAUCAGCUCACAGGCCCGUUGUUGUUUGACGAGAAAUCCUCAGAAGGAGAUCACUUAUGUGAGAGUCCAGUGUCUCCGUGUGCUGCUCGUGACUCUUCAGAUGAAGCAUUUGGUUCUCUAGAUCUGCUCCAUGACCUUGAGGAUAUCAGCGGGAAAUCUUUUACUGAGAGUGAAGAGGAUGAAACAGCUCAAGCGGUUUCUUUUCUCAUGAAGAACUCACUGUCCCCACAUCCUUGUGACGCCACACAUUUCAACAGAAACAAAGAGGAUGUAGCAGCCCCAUCAGCAUCAGUAUCUACAAAAGAAUCCACCUCGAUGCUAUUACCUUGCUCAGGCAGCUUCCAGCAAUCUCCUGUGUCUAAACCUUCUGCUCCACCUUUUCCUCCUCCUCCUUUCUUUUCCCCCUCUCUUCCUCCAAUCCCCCCUCGUCUUCCCAAUGGGACAAUCCCCAUUCCUCCUCCAGGCUGGAUCCUACCCUCAGUUCGCCCCACCAUCUUGGUACCCCCUCCAAGCAUCCCUCCACCUGUUCUUCCACCACGCCACAUGCCUCCACCCCCCAGUUUUUUGGGACCCCCUCCACGACUGAUGCUGCCUCCUCCUGUCCCACCACCUCCACAAAUAAACUCGCUUCCACUCACUUUAGACAAGGGGGCAGCCAUUAGGCCCAUCAAUGCUCCCAUACCAUUUUGUAGACCUUGGCCUCUACAAUUUCCCAGAUUCAACCCCUUUAUACCCCCUCCACACCACUCACUUAUCAAAGAAAACCUCCAUAGGAUCACUGUGGAAAAAGUCAUAGAAGUUGUUAUGAAUGAACUCAAAUCCAUCAUAAAGAAGGACAUUACACGCAGAAUGAUAGAGGGAUUUGCCUUUAAAGCCUUUGAAGACUGGUGGAACAGCCAAGAGGAAAAAGCAAAGGUACAGACAUCUCCAGUAAAAAACCUCCUAGCAAGUUCAGAAGACAGGAAUAAACUAUUACAUUCUUUAAGUAAUAUAAAUGGGCAGGUCAAAAAAAAACCACUUCCCUCUUUUAAGGUAAAAAGGAAAUGUGAUAAUGAUUCUUCUGUAAUUGAAGAUAGAGAAAAUGUGACAGAAAAUUCUAAUGUGAAUGGAGAAGACACACAGCAGACAACAUCUCAGAAAGGCAGACGGAGACAUGCACGACCUCAUGUCCUGGACAGUGAUGAAGAAGAUGAUGUCAAAGAGGAAAGUGUUAAAGAUGCUAAAACAAAUGAUCAUGACAAAGAUGUGUCUCACAAAAUCACGACAAAUGUGCCAUUCGAGGAGAACAUUCAGAAUUUGAGUGAGGAAAAAGUCAAAGACAUCUGUGUGAGUCCUGACAGGGAAAGGACUGAGAACAACAUUGAUGUAACUUUUCAAACAUCAGCAGAGGUGAUAUCCUCCGAUCUUGACACAUUUUCAGAUAGCAGCAAUUCAGAGGUGAGUGAGUCCUCUUCAGACUUUGACUCGUCCGACAGCUUUGAUUCUGAAUCCGACCUGAGUACUGAAGACAUGGAGGAGGACAAAAGAACGGAUGAGUGUAUUGUGAUCUCCUCUGAUGAAGAUGAAGAAGAUGAAGAGUCUAUGGAGCUUGAAAGUCCCCAUACGCCUCCAACUCCACACACCCCACAGACGCCUAAGGCAGUGCUGGACUUGGAUCUGCCAGACUGGUUAGAGCCUUUUCAAGCACAUGGAGUAUAUAAUGAUGACAAUGAGGAAAUUUUCUGUCCACAAGAUACACAUGAUACAGCUGUUAUGUUGGACCUGCAAAUGGCCAAAUCCAUGGAAAUUCCAUUACCAUCUCCUUUACCAAUCAUAGAGCCACAUCCUGAUGUAGAGAUGUUAAGUCCUGAAUGGACUGACAAUUCUCCUGAAGACAUGAGACCACCAACUCCUACUGGAUAUUUGGCAGAUAGUGACCCUGACCUUUUGAGAAGUAAGCCCACAUCCCCUGCUGAGGAGGAGGUGGAAUGCCCAAGGACUCCAGGCCGGGGAAUACUGUCCGAACUUGGGAGCGAUGAGUCAGACAUUAGCGAUAGCCAUGUCCUUUUUCCAUGUACUUGUGCUUCGGCUCCACCUGAAGUGCAAGUGCCACAUUCAUUGUAUCAGGAUGUCCCAGUAAUUCCAGGUGCAGAGGAAAGAUAUGGGUUUUCUCGAUACUCCUCUAUCAACGCUCCGGCAACUCCAGGGAGAGAUAUGUUAGAUGGUAGUUCGCCAGUAACCAGUCCUCAUUGUCUAUGCAGUAACACAUACAUGCAAGUACCCAAGACUCCAGGAAGAGACAUGAUUUUACCAAGAAGGUCCAUACUGCAUCAGAGAAAGACACAGAUCACAAACACAAUGUUUGCUGGUUGCUCUCCCUACCCCCUAUCACCUUCCUCCAGUCUUUCUGAAUAUUGGUCCGAUUCAGCAGAGGACUUUAGCAGCUGUUGCAGGCGAAAAGUGAGACCAAAACCCUUACAGGGACUUGAAAAUGUGCUGGGACUUUUGGAUGGCAAGAAUUGCAAAGGAUUAAAAAGGUCCUUGCUACACCAAAAGCAAAAGGAGUUGAAAAAGAGAAAGAAGAGAGUCCAGCAGUGGCAGAAGUCUUUAAGGAGAUUCACUGGUGUUAGGCCGGUUUCAGUGGGGGCUCACAGGUGUCGCACACACUGUGAGGAGAGGAGGAUCCUUCAUAGUGUUUGGAAAGAGGGGCUAGAUGAAGAAGAUGCAAAGCUGCUCAGAUGCACUUAUGAAAGGCUUCAAGAACAAGAUAAUGGCCUCGGGUGGCUCAGUGAGACACUUUGGAUUCCUCAUCCCUCAACCAAAGUUCUCCCAGAGGCCUUAGAUGGCUAUAGGUCCCAGUGCUUGUACCAUAGGACCGGCUCUGCCCGAAGUGAAGGCUACUACAAAAUCAGCAAGAGAGAGAAAAUGAAUUAUCUCAAUUUAAAACCAGCAAGUCCAUCAAGUAGCACACAGGGUGCCUGUGUCCAUGUUCCAUUGCCCACACUGCUGCGGGCCACUUCAGACUUUAGGUUUGAGCAACGACGUCUGUUGUCAAACUUCAACGCUGACAGUGACCUGGUCACGUUCAACCAGCUCAAGUUUCGAAAGAAAAGGAUUCGUUUCAGUCGCAGUCUCAUCCAUGAAUGGGGCCUGUUUGCUAUGGAGCCUAUAGCAGCAGAUGAAAUGGUGAUUGAGUAUGUAGGCGAGGUUAUCAGACAGGUGAUUGCUGACAUGCGGGAGCAGCAAUAUGAAGAGGAGGGGAUUGGAAGCAGCUAUUUAUUUCGAGUGGAUCAGGACACCAUUAUAGAUGCAACUAAAUGUGGAAAUUUGGCCAGAUUUAUCAACCACAGUUGCAAUCCAAACUGCUAUGCAAAGAUCAUUACAGUGGAUUCCCAGAAGAAGAUUGUCAUUUACUCUAGACAACAAAUCAACAUAAAUGAAGAGAUUACAUAUGACUACAAAUUCCCAAUUGAGGAGACUAAAAUACCUUGUUUAUGUGGAGCAGACACAUGCAAAGGAUCACUGAACUGA